AUGGCCAUUUCACAGGGGAAUGUUUCCCGAAUCCUCGUCUUUGGAUCUAUGUGGAUUAUCCUAGCUAGCUUAUGGGUAAUAUACUGGCCAAGUCAGGUUUCCUUCCGCCCUGUGGUAAGGUAUUUUCCGAAGCCGUUUGGGGAUGUAGCGGACCCGUUUGUACCGCCCCCGGGCGUCGCAGCAACUAGGGACCCAAUCUUUCCAACUACUAGACGGUUUCGGGGUCCGAUUGCACGUCCGAAGAACAAGAUUAGUGGGGUUAUCCAAAGACCUCACGGCUUUCCUGAAGACUAUGGUCAGGAUAAACCUGGCAACGCAGGUGCUGGGAGUAAUAUCCUUCCGGCAAUAGCUAAAGCUGCCGGUAGAAUAAAAGAAAAGAUAUCUUUUGGGGAAUCUAUAUCCGAAGAUGAAAAAAGAAGGCCAUGGAGAUAUCCAGUUAAGGUGGAUAGAACCCAACUAGGAACAGAGAAAGCCACAUUGUUGAUGCUUGCGAGAAAUAAUGAUCUUUAUGCUGUCAGGGAGUCAAUGAGGCGGCUUGAAGACCGGUUCAAUCAUAAGUUUCGUUACCCAUGGACGUUCAUGAACGACGAACCUUUUACAGAGGAGUUUAUUGCAAUUACUACGGGUAUCGCAAGCGGAAAAACCGAGUAUGUUAGAGUACCGAAGGAGCACUGGGGAUUUCCGAGUUGGGUAAAUCAGACCCAUGCAAAACUCCAGAUGAAGAAAAUGGCGGAUGAACAUAUUAUUUACGGCGGCUCGCUAUCAUAUAGACACAUGUGUCGAUUCUUUUCAGGUUUUUUCUUCCGACAACCGGUUAUGCAACAAUACGAAUGGUACUGGCGUGUCGAACCUGGAGUCAACUUCUAUUGCGACCAACAUUACGAUCCUUUCAGGUGGCUUCGCGAAAAUGGAAAGUCGUACGGCUUCACAGUCACCCUUCACGACUUCCGUGAAACGAUAGCUAGCCUCUGGGAAACCACUGAAAGGUUCUUUUACGAGAAUCCUGAAUAUGUGAACCCUAACAACAUGCGUGGUUUUGUUAUCGAAAACACCACACGGAAUGGAGAACCAUACGUCGACUACAAUACAUGCCACUUUUGGACGAAUUUCGAAAUUGGAAAAGUUAGUCUAUGGACAAGUGAGAAAUACUUGAGGUAUUUUGAUUACUUGGAUAAGACUGGGAAUUUCUUUUAUGAAAGAUGGGGGGAUGCGCCGGUGCAUUCGGUUGCUUUGACACAUAUGUGGGAUAAGAAGGAAAUUCAUUUCUUCAACGAUAUUGGUUAUGAACAUAGUCCUUUUAGGAGAUGUCCACAAGCACAUGAGCAUGGAAAUGCAGGGCGAUGCUUGUGUCCGCUUGAUAUGUCCCUUGUGGAUAACAAUGGGUUCUCCUGCUUUGAACAAUGGAAAAAAACAUUUGGGGACAACUAUGAGGUUGAUUUGACUUGGUGA